GGACAGCCUCGCCUUACGUCGAAAAACGUACAAAAUAUACACUUCAGGCAAAUAAAUAUCUCUAGCUUGGCAACUCUUGUGUCUAUCUUUUAUCUGGGCUUCGAAAUACUCGCAUUGUUGUGCUUCUCUGUAAUCUCUUGUAAACCAUGUCGACUUUCGGGACUCUGUUCAAGGUAACCACCUACGGCGAGAGCCAUGGACUCAGUGUUGGAUGUAUCGUCGAUGGAUGCCCUCCUGGCAUGGAGCUCGCCGAAGCCGACGUUCAAGUCCAGCUGUCCCGUCGUCGUCCGGGCCAAACGGCACUCGCAACACCCCGUGACGAGAAGGACCUAGUGGCAAUCCAGUCCGGUCUCGAACACGGCGUCACGCUCGGUACACCUAUUUCCAUGCUCGUGCGGAAUCAGGAUCAGCGCCCGCACGACUACUCCGAGACGGACUUGUACCCCCGUCCGAGCCAUGCGGAUUACACGUACUUGGCAAAGUAUGGUGUUAAGGCGAGCUCGGGGGGUGGGAGAAGCAGUGCACGUGAAACAAUUGGCCGAGUGGCUGCAGGUGCGAUUGCAGAGAAAUAUCUGCGACAGGCAUACGGCAUCGAGAUCGUAGCGUUUGUCUCGUCCGUAGGCAAGAUCACGAUCCCCUCGACCCCGUCACCGACAGGUAUCUCUUCUACAGCCCCUUCGGUUGAAGAGGAUUCCGCGGAAGAUGCGUUGUCCCCCGAGUUCCGUGAGAUCCUCAAAACCGUCACUCGUGCACAGGUCGACGCCCACCCUACCCGCUGCCCGCACCCUGCCACAGCAGAGAAGAUGACCGCACGUAUCAUGCGUUCUAAGGAAGCACUCGACAGCAUCGGAGGCACAGUCACAUGCGUGAUCCGGAACGUCCCCUCGGGACUGGGCGAGCCCGUGUUCGACAAGUUCGAGGCGAAGCUCGCGCAUGCGAUGCUUUCCGUACCAGCCACAAAAGGGUUCGAGAUUGGCUCUGGGUUCAAGGGCACCGAGGUCCCAGGAAGUAGGCAUAACGAUAAGUUCGUACAGGGUGAGGGUAGGUUGAGGACGGAGACGAACUGGAGCGGAGGGAUCCAGGGCGGAAUUACCAACGGGGAGGACGUCUACUUCCGCGUUGGCUUCAAGUCCCCCGCGACGAUCUCCCAGGCCCAGUCUACAGCGCAGUACGACGGCACUGCUGGCCAGCUAGCUGCUCGCGGGAGGCACGACCCCUGCGUCGUUCCCCGCGCCGUACCUAUCGUUGAAGCGAUGGCAGCGUUGGUAGUCAUGGACGCGCUCAUGAUCCAGAACGCGCGUAACGGCGCCGUCAGCCUGCUCCCGCCUGUUACCACACUGCCGAAGACGAUGGUGCUGCCCAAGUAGGGACAUGAUGCUACUGAAAUGGAAUUGGGGAUGGGUUUGUGGUGGCUUCAACGCCCCGGAGUUGAGCGGUGAUUGUGCUUGGGUUUGUCGUUCUUCCGACGGCGUUUCACUGCUCUGCAUAGAUUCUCUGACCUGUAGCAUCUCCGAAUAGGUAAAAGACAAUGAUCAUAUCCUGAAAUAGAAGGACGCGAUGGGGGUGUCCUUGCAUUGGUCGACGGGUGAUGCACACAACAUGGGCAUAGAGGGGGUUGCUUGUGUUUACCACUGGCUGCCUUAUAUACGAGGUGCAAUCACAACACUAAUUACAAUGCGGGUAAGUCCAUUGACCCGCUAUUCAAAGACCAGGCUAAGGGCAUACCCAUGGUCCGACAACCUCUGUGUGGAGGGACCAUCAAACGUAUACCCCAUACAAAGUAUGGCCGAAAUGACGACCGAGGGACUUUAGAUAUUCCUAUCACAUUAGCAUGA